AAAGAGUAACAACAUAUUUUGUAUGAAAUUUAAAAAUAAUUUCAUGUUGUUUAUAUGGAAGAAAAGCUGCUUAAUAGCAGAUUUACUAUCUGAUAGCAGUUAAUAGUUUAAUAGUGAAGCGAUUAACGUUGUAAGCGCGGGAAUUGUUCAAGUUUAAUCAUACAUUUGUCUCUAAAAAAUUAAUGUAAAGUAUUUCAAUUUGUUACGUCGAUUAAUAGAAAUACUAUAAUAUUAAAUAAGCAACAAAAAUGUACUAAUAGAUAUAUAUACAAUAAAUUAUAAUACAGCUUCAAGAAAUAAAUGGAGAUGGAAACAAAAUAUAUGAAACAUGUACUAACUCUAGAAGAGAUUAUAAUAAGCAUUAUGCCUCGAUAUCUGAGACAUAUUAAAUUAAAAUAUUAUUUUAAAAAUUUUUGGAACCUUUAAAUCUUUUGAAGAUCGUAAAUAGGAAAUAUAUAAAUUGAUUAUUAUCAUAAAAGCAUUUGUUUUUAAAUGUGUGUAGUUAUUUUGUACAUAUUUUUUAAAUCACCAGCUCUAGAACAUGCAAAAAUUGGAAAUUUCUUACCUUAAACGUAAGGAACUAGGUCAAGUUAACACAAAGGUAGGUUAAUAAAGAGAAAUUAUCUUGAUAACGUGUGUGCGAUACUCAAUUACGUCAAAUACAAUGCAAUCAUCAACGAUACAAGUAAUGCCUUAGGGAGAAAGAGAAAUGGAUGACUUCCUUAAGUCAUGAUUGUGUUGAGUGAUAUACAAGAAACAUGAAAACUAGUGCAGUAUGUACAUCCAAGCAGCUGUAAAGCUGGCAUGAGGAUAAUCAGUUCAGACAUAAAAAUGAGAAAAUAAAACACUUGAAAUGCUAUAUAUUAGUAGAAAAAUUAGAAUAUGCAAGUCAAAUAGUAUAACAAUGAUCUCAUAAUACCAGCAUUAAAAAAUAAAUACUGAACAAUAUCACAAUCUAACCAUAUUGAUGUCAAUGUAACGAACUAUGUUUUAUAUCAAUUAGAAAACAUAACAUAUAAUGAUUAAAUUAAAUCGAUAGCUUUAUAUAAAGAAAACGAAGAUAGAAACAGAUAUCUUAGUAUGCAAACUGCAACAGUAGAAAAAAGGCGAACUAGAUAUCAGAAAAAAGCUAACCAUGAAGAAAAGCAGAAAUAUAAGAAUAAAAUUAUUAGUAAAGCUGAUAAAAAGAUCGAACUCGAUAAGAGAAAAGUGGAAGCCCCGAAAAAACCUAGAAAGGUAUUUGAAGAUGUAGAAAUAGCAUUUAUCUCUGCUAUAGAUCCUUAUGACGCUCCUUUGCAAUGGUGGGAAACAGAACACGUAAGAUAUGCAAUAAAUUAUCCACCGGUAAAAUCCCGAUUAGAAAAAGUGAUGGGAACUCAUAUCGUACGACUAACCGAUCGCAAAUACAUGUUGCUCCUUAUGUCCAAGCUCUUACAGGAUCAUAUGGAGCAACAAGAAACGCGUAUCGAGAAGAGAAAGCUGCCAUUACCAUCGAAUAUAUCUCGCUUAUUGAAAAUAUCUUAUAAAAUGCUUUCCGAAAAGAUGCACGAUCCUAGAUAUCUUAAAUUAAAACUUUAUGUGUGAAAAAUUGUAAUUAUCAUGUAUUUAAAAUUAAAUUAAAAUUGUAAAAUUGUAUAUAAUAUAGAAGAUAAUAGAAUAUUGAAAGUACUAAAUAUUGUGCCACCAUA